GCCUUGGCAGUACCCGUAGCCGGGCACUCCGUGCUGCGCUCAUGGCCCAAGAUUUGCAGGUGCCUCGUUCAUCCAAUCUUAAAAUACGGAUACGUGAUAUUGGCUGGGCAAGCAUACGGACAGAAAUUAUACAUGUAUGUUUCCGUAAUGUUGCCCUAUCUGAUCUUGCUGUGCCGCGUUGCUGCAACGGCCGCCGGAGAUCGGUUUGAGCAUCUCUCCUUGUAUGAGUACCGCACGGACAAAGCUCAUUUGAUAUGUUUCCGGCACAAACUUCCCUUCUUCACACACCUGGGCCAGGUCGGCAAGACUGGCGAUCGCAGGAUUGCCAAGACUCUUCCGCACGGGCAUCCUCAUCAUGAGCUCCAACCAACUCUGUGGCACCGAAGCAUGGCGGUGCUGUGUUAUGUAUCGCCGGCAAAGAUGGUGCUGAGACGAAGGGAGCAUGAGAUGGAGCAACUCAGGUCAGGAGUCUCCCCUUACUCGGCAAGUCUUGCCAUCGGCCAGGACGAACCUUUCUUUACCCACCAACGUACAAUAUACAUCUGGGCGAGCAAAAACAAGGUACAGCAAAUCAAUAGUGUCCUCGAGGAGCAACUUUACGAAGAGUUCUAUUCGUCGCUUCGACCCGCCUCAUGCAUGAUGUUUUUCGCCGAGGCUGUCAGCACAAUAGGACUCCAAUCAAGCUCCCCUUACAAAAUCCUUGGCGCCUGCUUGGGCAACUUCAACCACAAGAUAACAUGGCUGCAUGAUUCUUGGAGAAAGAUUUCAGCUAUGCUGCGUAACAUGUCCCCACCGCCUAGCACCUCGGCGAUCGCCCUGUCCAUGAAAAUUGGACAUCAUGUGAGAUAUCUCGUCAUAAAGCCCGGCACUUUCGACAGAAAUGCGCUCUCGUUCCCCCUCGGUUUCCUGCCGCCGCUUCCCUACGAGGCAGAGUGGACCGUGGCGCACAUCUCACGAGACGCAACGGACGGCAACUUGAGAACCUCCUUUUCGAACCGAGCACUCGCUGGCGUCAAUUGCCGGUGGCACAACCUCUUGAUCGACUACCUGGGCCUGGAGAAGAGCAAGCAGUUCACAGCAACAGCCUUUGAAGCUACCGUCCCACCCGGCGUUCUUCCUCUUGGCCAGACAACCCGGGCUGCCGUGACCGCCAAGAUAGCUCGCUUUGAAUGGGAGGUGCCUCGCAUAGAGCAGGAAACCAAGGCGUAUCAGCUUCUAGAGGGUUCCGUACUAGCGCCACGCUUCCUCGCUCAUGUUCACGAGAAAGGGCGUGUAAUUGGUUUCCUUCUGGAAAAACUCGAGGGACGCCCUGCUUCCGCGCCGGACCUGAGCGCCUUCCAGGCUGCCGGAGAGAAGCUCCAUGGGCUGGGACGUUUGCAUGGGGCCAUGAACCGAUACAACAACGAUGUCAAGUUGAUUAUCGCCUUUGAACGGCUCCAGCAGGAUGCAAGUCCCGAGGCUUUAGGAAAGAACUGGAGCAUCUCCGCUCUGAACUGGCUGACGAGUCAGAACGUGGCAGGGGGUUCAUAUUCCGGGACAGCUGCGACUGAUGCCAGAGACGCGUGGAUCUUGUGUGGUCCCAUAUGUUGGAAUUGCCGCUAUUAUCUGGAUGGCAGCACCACGCUUCCCGCUAGCUUAUGGCUGGUUGCUCUCUUCUUCCUCAAUGCUAUCACGCACCGGUUUCUUGACUCCCCAAACGGCAGGUUAUUGUUGUGUAAGAGUCGGUCCAGCCUCACGAAUCUGUUGCUCCGAAACAAGCCGAACACUUGA